CUUCAAACCAGAUUUCGGACCCGAACUUUGACUAGGGUUUAGGGUUUGCGCAGAGGGAGGUGAAGUAACAGAACAGAGGAGAGAACACAUAGGCGUCGUCCAGCUUGCCGACUUUGCGACGGAAGUUCCGACUCCGAUGGAGGCCGAGAAUCAGAUGCAGGUAGACCUCGGCCAUCUACUGGCGUUCGACCCGUACCACCACUUCCCUUCUCCGCCUAAAUCCAGGGAGGAAUUAGUGACACAAUGCUUGAGUGAGGGAACUAAAUUAGUUCAAGCGGUUGUUGAUGGUCUUUUCAACUUGACUUCGACUGAAGCUCUGGAGGGUCCGCUUGUGAAGCUACCUAAGCCGACGACCAGGCUGCCCAGGGAGAAACAUUUACCAAGGCCUAAGCCUCCAACAAAAUGGGAGUUGUUUGCCAAAUCGAAAGGAAUUCAGAAACGUAAAAAGAACAAGGUCUUGUGGGAUGAACAAACUGACAGCUGGAAACGUAGUUAUGGAUAUGAUCGUGUCAAUGAUGACGCAGAUGUUCCUAUUAUCGAGGCCAAGAUGACUGAUGAACCUGGAGGGGAUCCUUUUGCCAAGAGGAAAGAAGAGAAGAAGAAAAGAGUUGAAAAGACUGAGAAGAACCGUUUGCAGAAUUUGAAACAAGCUGCCAAAAUUGGUGCCUUACCAAGCCACGUUCAGCUAGCUGCCACAGCAUUACCUAUAACAGGAACACAAGCACCACCAAAGAAAAUUACGAAAGACGAACUGGGAAGUGUUGCAGGGCUUGCUGCAACCGCCACAGCCAGUGGUGGAAAGUUUGAUAAGAAGGUGGCUGGUGAAAAGCCCGUCAAACACCAAGGAAAACACCGCAAGUUCCUACCUGCAGCUGAAGGUUCAGGGAUGGGCAACCGAGAGAAGGAACAAACUGACAAAGUUCUGAACAAACUAAUGGCGAAAAAUUCACACGAGAUACUCAACGUUGGCAAGGCCGUGAGCAUGUACAAUGUGAAGAAGCAGAGAGAUGGAAGGAAUCAGAAAGGGAGAUCAUCCUUCGACUCGAGCAGCAAGUUGAAACCAAAUGGGAAACCCAUGAAAGGUGACAAGAAGUCUCCAUAUCAGAAGUCUAGAAAAGGCGGCAGCCAUGGUGGUGGCUCGAAGAAAGGGAAGGCUGAAUAGUAACUAUCAAGUAUCAACCCCCAAAUUUUGUCAUAUGAAGUUUUGGAUUUGUAGGUCUCUGUAUUUCCUAUCACAUUUGAUAAUAUGGCCAAUUCUAUCUUCUACUCUCUCUCCAAGUAUUAGUGUAUCCUUUGUUUACAUUACAUCACUCACAAUGGAUGGAAUUUGUACACAGACUUAUGUGCACAUCACUUCAAAGUGUUGAAAGUUGCAUUUGUCUU